GCGGGAGUAGGGGCCAUGAGCGGCAGGGCCGGGGACGGGAACGGGGACGGGAACGGGGCCGAGAGUGGGGCCGAGCGGCGGGUCCGCAUCGUGGUGGAGUACUGCGAGCCCUGCGGCUUUGAGGCCACGUACCAGGAGCUGGCGAGCGCCGUGCGGGACGAGUACCCCGACAUCGAGAUCGAGUCCAGGCUGGGGGGCACCGGUGCCUUCGAGAUCGAGAUCAACGGGCAGCUCGUCUUCUCCAAGCUGGAGAACGGGGGCUUUCCCUACGAGAAGGACCUGAUCGAGGCCAUCCGCAGAGCCCGGAAUGGGGAGCCCCUGGAGAAAAUCACCAACAGCCGCCCCCCCUGCGUCAUCCUGUAGCCCCCUGGGCACAGUGGGGACCCCCCGUGCUGGCCAUCGCUGCCUUCCUUAAAUCCCUGCACAGCUGGGGGGCACGGGGGGGGACCAGGGACACCGGGGGAGUUCAGGACCCCCAUCAUGGUGCUGGGAAGGGCAGAGCUGUGGCACUGGUGGCACUGGGGGUCGUUCUGUCCCCUGUCUGACCUGCUGUGGGGUGUAGCUGUGGCCUGGGGGGGGGUCUCCCUCCUGCCUUUGCAUUCCCCCCUCGUCAGCUGCACCUCCCUGGGGGGCACAGGGGGUCCCCAGACAGGGGGGUCUCCAUGGCACCCCCAUUUCUCUGCGCUGGCCUCUCCCCUCCCUCAACCCCUGGGAAUUUGGGGGAGCCAGGCUGGGUGUUGGAGCAGCUCCCAGCAGGUUAAUUCCAAGGGGAAUCCACUGGCUGAAACUUUCCUGGGAUUGUUAAUGAUUAAAGUCCCUCUGUCACUGUUUAAUCCGGGGCAGGGGCCAUCCAUGGAAACCCCAGCCCGGCCCCACGGCCACAGGUGUGUCCAUGUCCCCCCCUCACCAUUCCCAGGCUCCUGGCUCCUGCUUCCUGCCUGGAAUGACCCUGCCCUUGGCCUCGGGGCGGGGGCCCCCCCUAUUUAUUCUAUACUGUGUAUAAACCCAACGGCCCAGGUGGAAUAAAGGAUGGAGAAUGUG